CUUGUUUUCACAGAGGAAGAUAAAUAUGGUCUUUACUCCAAUUUGUUGUUCAAGUAUUUUCUCGCAGAGGGAGUUGUCUGUGGACAUGACUUGUUUGUUGCUUCUGCUAAAGAGCAUCCUGACAAGAUCUUAAAGGAACUUCCAGCCCCUUUGCUUGAUGAUACCUACAGAAAUGAAUUGGGAGAAGAAGCAACAGCUGUUAAAUCUGAAGAUUUUCAGGAUUCUAUGAAAAUAGCCUGGCGCUACCAAAAUUUACCAAAAAUGGAGGCCAGCCCAACAACAUCUACAAAGUUUGGCCAUUAUUAUGAUGUUUCUAAAACAAUGUCUCCGGAACUGUUUCAGUCCAUAAAACGGCACUGUUUUUACCUUCCUGAAGAAUUGACUAUGCAGCCUAAAAUGAAAGCAUGUAAUAUGAACAGUGCCUAUGCAAGGCUACUUCAGUCCAUUCAGAGGAUCAUUUACCAGGAAGGGUUUGACGGCUCUGAUCCCCAGAAAAAACAAAAGAAUAUUUUGCGGAUAGGAAUUCAGAGUCUGGGUUCCAUGUUGUGGGGUGAUGACAUUUGUAGCAGUGAUACUCCUGAAGAUAUUCAUAGUCUUACAAAAUUUCUGUAUGUUCUCCGUGGCCUCCUCAGAAAAUCUUUGUCAGCCUGCAUCGUCACAGUGCCCGCUCACCUUAUCCAGAAUAAAGCAAUUAUGGAACGUGUAACAAACUUGUCAGAUAUGGUAGUUGGUCUUGAAUCAUUUAUUGGCUCUGAGAGAGAAACCAAUCCAUUAUACAAGGAUUACCACGGUUUGGUUCACGUACAUCAGAUUCCUCGGCUUAACAGCUUGAUCUGUGAUGUGUCAGACACGAAGGACCUUGCUUUUAGAUUAAAAAGAAAGCUGUUCACCAUUGAG